AUGGAAGCAGAAGCAGAAACAGAAGCAACACUCACAUCAAACGAAUCACUACAAACAGACAUGCCCAUGACGAUGGCAGCAUCAGUGGUACUAGAUCAUUUACCACGCGAUGCCCACAACGCCCUAUCGAAAGCCGGAAUGCUCGAGCAGGAGAAAAUAAUGUUACACUUCCGCCCCGGCCCCAGCACGCCUCCCCUCCGCGGCGGCCAACGCUUCAAAAUGUCUUCAUCUCUCCAUUUCGACGCGGUGGUGAAGUUUCUGAGGAAGAGGUUGGGGUUGCAGAAUCAUGAGAGUGUGUUUUGUUAUGUCAAUCAGGUGUUUGCUCCUGGGUUGGAUGAGGGGGUGGGGAAUCUGUGGAGGUGCUUUAGGACGGGUGAUGAAUUGGUGGUGUCGUAUUGUGUUGCGCAGUCGUUUGGGUGA